AUGUUGAGCGCGGCCUCUUCGGAAGAGGAGCUGUAUUCACGAGAGCUUUCAGGGGAAGAAUCUGAGGAGGAGCAGCCUUCCCGACGGAGGCGUACAAGGUCAUCCUCUAGCACUAGACGGUCGGGUGUUUAUGAGUGGCCCGUGGAGUCAGCCGAGCAGCCACAGCAGCAGCCAAAAGAGCCAGAAGAAGCAAAGGAGAAAACAUUCUCCGAUCAAGGAGAAGAAGAACAGCUAGUUAAGUCAACAGUCUUAGGAGUCCCAGGAGCAGCGGCACCGCCGGCAGAGGCAGGAGUUUUUCAUCUGCUUCGACAACUUUUCUCGCCUCAGGCGCCUACUCGUGCAGAGCAAAUGAAACCCUUGGCUACUCUUAUAUGCCAGUGGUUCGUAAGAGACCGAUUCGAGGCCAAAACGGAAACCAAAAUUAUCAUUGUACUUGCCUCUGCACAAAAAGUUAGAUCUGGAGUACCAGCCAAGUUGCUUCGUCUCGGCCGCAAACGGGAGCCCGAAGCUCCCAGAGCUGACCUGCCUUUGUCACAGGAAGGAGAAGUCCAAGCAAAAACGAUGGAUUUAAAGCUUUACAGUUUAAUAGAACAAGUACAUAGUUGUGAAAAGGAGGAGACAAAGCGUCCUGUUGCGUCCUUUUGCGUUGAGGCUUUCGUGAGCUCUCCACAGACGUCCAGCGUGCAGACAGCCAGCCUUGCAACAGGCGCUUCGGGCAAGUGGUUGUUGUGCAAAGGCCCGAAAGAGAAGGUGUCAAAAACAACUAGAGUAAUAUGGUCACUUGAACCUCUGGUCAAAGAAAAGUCGAAGUCAGCCGCCAGUGCAGGAACCGAGGCAACCGCCCUGCAAGCAAAACUUGUGGAGCUACAUGGGAAAGGCGGAAUGGAAAGCGCCGCUUUGGACUUCGGUUUGGUACCUCCUCAAGAUGCCUGGUGGUUGCCUUAUACAGAUGAACAGCUGAGAGACAUGCUUAGACGCAGUGCUGCACAGGGACGAACACCCAGUAGCAGUAGCAGUGGCAGCAGCAGCAGCAGUGGAAGUGGCAGUGGCAGUGGCAGUGGCAGCAGUCCGUUCAUUGUUGGCAACGCGAGUCCCUGGCCACUCAGCAUGGGAGCGAAGUCGUUAAGAGAUACUAGCAUGCUGCUACAGUUACCGUUUCAAGCCAGAAACAUCCCCCCACCAAAUUCACCAUUGCCGAAGGAGUCAGCAGAAACUGUUCAACUCCGAGCAGAGGUGGUAAUCCGGGCUAUGUGCACGGCCCGAAACUUCUCCUCCGGUCUCCUCGUCACGCAUCCACAUUUUGCAUCGGCAUUGCUUGGACUUCCGAAGGUAAAAUCAGGAGAUAUAUUUGCAGCCGUGCUGUCGUGCGAGGAAGGCAGGGGACAAUUGGCUACACUGGGGGCACCGAGCCCGAGAGUUUCUUACGAAGGAGCCGAAAGGAAAUCCUCCUCUUCUUCCGAAAUCUCCGACACAGAGGCAUAA